UGCUUUCCGGAAGUGCCCGGCAGGCUGAAGGAAAGGAGGUUUGCCUGAGCGCUGCAGAGAGAGGGCUGUGGUUCUGGUGCGUGGGGGGCGGCUGGAGGUGCUGCUCGGGGUUGAGGUGAGCGUCGGGAGGGAGCUGGGCGGAGGGAUGAUGGAGGAAGAGGAACUGGAGUUCGUGGAGGAGCUGGAAGCCGUGCUGCAGCUCACGCCUGAUGUGCAGCUCGCCAUCGAGCAGGUGUUUCCAAGCCAGGAUCCUCUAGAUCGAGCAGAUUUCAAUGCCGUGGAGUAUAUCAAUACCCUGUUUCCAACAGAGCAAUCUCUGGCAAACAUUGAUGAAGUCGUGAACAAAAUUAGACUGAAAAUAAGGAGACUGGAUGACAAUAUUCGAACUGUUGUAAGAGGUCAGACGAACGUGGGGCAGGAUGGCAGGCAAGCACUUGAAGAGGCCCAGAAAGCUAUCCAGCAGCUCUUUGGCAAAAUCAAAGAUAUCAAAGACAAAGCAGAAAAAUCGGAGCAAAUGGUUAAAGAAAUCACCCGCGAUAUUAAGCAGCUAGAUCAUGCCAAACGCCACCUGACCACCUCCAUCACAACGCUGAACCAUCUGCACAUGUUAGCAGGUGGCGUGGAUUCCCUUGAAGCCAUGACCAGGCGAAGACAGUAUGGAGAAGUUGCUAAUCUUCUUCAGGGUGUGAUGAAUGUUCUGGAGCACUUCCACAAGUACAUGGGAGUUCCACAGAUCCGGCAGCUUUCUGAGAGAGUGAAAGCCGCCCAGACUGAGUUAGGACAGCAAAUCCUGGCCGAUUUUGAAGAAGCAUUUCCUUCCCAGGGCACCAAGAGGCCAGGAGGACCCAGCAACGUCCUACGAGAUGCGUGUCUGGUUGCUAAUAUUUUGGACCCUAGAAUCAAACAGGAAAUCAUCAAAAAGUUUAUUAAACAGCAUCUGUCAGAAUAUCUAGUACUUUUUCAAGAAAACCAAGAUGUUGCCUGGCUGGACAAAAUCGACAGACGCUAUGCCUGGAUAAAACGCCAGCUCGUGGACUAUGAGGAGAAAUAUGGCCGUAUGUUUCCACGUGAGUGGUACAUGACCGAGAGGAUUGCAGUAGAAUUUUGCCACGUCACAAGGACAGAACUCGCCAAGAUUAUGCGUACCAGAGCCAAGGAAAUUGAAGUGAAAUUGCUUCUUUUUGCUAUUCAGAGAACAACUAACUUUGAGGGGUUUCUUGCAAAACGCUUCUCCGGGUGCACCCUGACAGAUGGAGCUCUGAAAAAACUCGAGUCUCCACCCCAAUCGACCAAUCCCUUCCUGGAAGAUGAACCAGCGCCAGAAAUGGAGGAACUGGCGAUAGAGAAGGGAGACUUAGAUCAACCAAAGAAGCCUAAAGCCCCAGACAAUCCGUUUCAUGGCAUUGUUUCCAAGUGUUUUGAGCCUCAUCUCUACGUGUAUAUUGAGUCCCAAGACAAAAACCUUGGAGAGCUGAUAGAUCGGUUCGUGGCCGAUUUCAAAGCCCAGGGGCCACCUAAGCCCAACACUGAUGAAGGGGGUGCUGUGCUCCCCAGCUGUGCUGACCUCUUUGUCUACUACAAGAAGUGCAUGGUGCAGUGCUCUCAACUCAGUACUGGGGAGCCGAUGAUCGCUCUGACCACCAUUUUCCAGAAGUACCUCCGAGAAUAUGCCUGGAAAAUCCUCUCUGGCAAUCUGCCCAAAACCACAAGCAGCAGUGGAGGGCUGACCAUCAGCAGCCUCCUCAAGGAAAAGGAAGGCUCAGAAGUGGCCAAGUUCACUCUAGAGGAGCUCUGCCUCAUCUGCAGCAUCCUGAGCACAGCAGAGUACUGUCUGGCCACCACCCAGCAGCUAGAAGAAAAACUCAAAGAAAAAGUUGAUGUGAGUCUGACUGAACGAAUCAAUCUGACCGGAGAAAUGGAUACAUUCAGCACUGUCAUCUCUAGCAGCAUCCAGUUGUUGGUUCAAGAUCUCGAUGCUGCCUGCGACCCUGCCCUCACUGCCAUGAGCAAGAUGCAGUGGCAGAAUGUGGAGCACGUUGGUGACCAGAGCCCUUAUGUCACCUCUGUCAUUCUUCACAUUAAGCAGAAUGUCCCUAUCAUCCGCGACAACCUGGCCUCCACCCGGAAAUACUUCACUCAGUUCUGCAUUAAAUUUGCAAACUCCUUCAUUCCCAAGUUCAUCACUCACCUCUUCAAGUGCAAGCCAAUUAGCAUGGUGGGAGCAGAACAGCUGCUGCUGGACACCCAUUCCUUGAAGAUGGUCCUGCUUGAUCUACCUUCCAUUGGCUCACAGGUGGUGAGGAAAGCACCUGCCAGUUACACUAAAAUUGUUGUGAAAGGCAUGACCCGGGCAGAAAUGAUACUCAAGGUAGUGAUGGCCCCUCACGAACCGCUGGUGGUGUUUGUUGACAACUAUAUCAAACUCCUUACGGACUGCAACACAGAAACCUUCCAGAAGAUACUGGACAUGAAGGGGCUGAAGAGAAGCGAGCAGAGCAGCAUGCUGGAGCUCCUGCGCCAGAGGCUCCCCACCCCGCCUUCAGGGCCAGAAGGCUCCGGCUCACUGUCACUACUGGCUCCGACACCAGAACAGGAAUCCUCUCGCAUCCGCAAACUAGAGAAACUGAUUAAAAAGAGACUGUAGGAGCAUGCAUGGGGCACUGUUUUCCCUGGCUGGUGCCCCUCAGCACCCGGCUGCCUGGAAGCCCCCCACCAAUCCUGCAUUCCCCCUGACUCUCAGAUCAUCAAUCCUGAAACCUCCUGGGACAUUUGGGUUGUUCAUGUGUCUUCUCCAUGACCUGUCUUAAUUCUUGUCCUAAUCAAAAAGCCAAGCAAGGGCAGGGUGAUAAAAAGGCUACAGAGUUGGUCUUUGAUUCUGUAGCAGAGGCAGUGGUGGGUGAAAGGGCCCUGCGGUUCACUUGUGUUCCUGAGCUGCUCGUCACUGGCUUUACAGCCUCACCUCUGCUGUCACACCUUCUGGCACGUGGCCCUAUCUGCCCCACCUGGCCAGACAACAUGGGUAGAAGCCCUGGAUCUCACCCCUUCCUCCACUUGCUGCUGUGGGAGGUUACCCCUGCAGCCAGACGCUAAGAUUUGUGCUCCCUGUUCUGUGGGCUUGGGUCUGGGGCCUGAGCUAAUGCAGUGACACAUUACAGCUGUAGGACAUUAGUCUUGCCUGAUGAAGGCAGUGGAAGCAGGUGCAUUCUGCCUUCUAGAUCCAUCUCCUGGUAUGUAUUGUCAUGCCUAGGCCAGGUUAUCUCCGUAAUCUCCGGUCCCCUCUCUGUAUGUGUCUCAGGAGAAAGUCCCUCUGUGUGUCUCACCAAGGAAGACUGUAUGUGCUAGGCCUCAGAAGCAGGUGCCCUCUGUGCCCUGGGGCUCCUUGCCUGGGUAUGGGGGUACACCCAUAUCUGCCUUGGAGAGAGGGUUCUGCUCGGCAUACUCACCGCAUGCUGUAAGCAGAUUAUUUUCUCCAUUUCUUUAUUCCCACUCUAGCCCUGACUUCUAGGGGAGGGAUUGCCUUCUGUGAAAAGAAACUAGGAAGUUUUCCUAGAAAACUUGUCCUAGGCUUCCUCCUCAGAUGACGCUGUGGGACAGCACAGGAGGCCUGGGCCCUCUAAUCCCCUUCCUGGCCAUGUAUUUUCAAAUCCACAUUACUUUCCAGAAUGAUCUGAAACAACAGAGGUGAUGUGAGGUGCCAGAACGACAUACCUUCGGAACAGAAUGUUGACCUUAGACACCUGCUCAGAGCCUGCGCCAGCCCAGAACACAGCCUGACCCCUGGCCUGUCCACUGGCUCUCAGCCAGCAUGGCUUUGCAGAAGAGAGCUGCCCCCUAGAGCCACUCUGUCCCCACAUCAUCCUGCAGCAUGAGAACGGGCAGCAUGUCAGGUAGCUGCCCUGACUUGCCUGGUUCAGUGGAAACCGAGCCUCAGUUAACCGGGACCACAGCCUCAGGGCAGCCGCCGUUCGUGUCUGCAUUGUUCGGGAAUUCUGAACAAUGUGUUGGCCAGGUGGGGAGAGAGCGCUAAGGAGGAAGGAGGAGCUCUUUACAGAAAAUGCACAUAACAGGCCCUCAGGAUAAAAUUGGGAUAUCAAAUAGCGCUCAAAAAUGAGUUUUCAGGAUAGAGGAAGUUUCCUGAAAAUCCAUAAAACUUGCGACAGCCAUAAAGGAGGAAACUUUAAGGUUUGAAAACCAGACCAGGAACUGAUUAUUUUUCCCUUUCUUGUUUUCCAAUGCAACCAGUCUGUGUGGUGCCCCUUCCCCUCCAUCAGCCUUGUCCCAGACUCAGCCCAUCGGCCGCAGCUUUGAUCCCAGGCCUCACUUCUUCACCGGCUUCCAGUCUCUUCUUGCUAGUCAGUAUGACUUGUAUGUGCUGAGCGUCUCAAACUGGACAACACCGAGAAGAAAGUAAGAAGUGUGACCUUUGGCUGAGCUCUCUUAGGGAAAGAUUGCUAAAUGAGAAAAGUGCAGAAAGGCCGGGGAGGGGACGGGGCGAGCGCAGGCCGCACACUGCCCGGACUUCACUUUGCCGGGACAGCCGUCCUGCUGCCCCGGUGACGCCCCACAGCGCGCACUGAGGGAGGUUAACAUUCUCUUCCUGCCCUUGAAAGAAGGGCUGAUGGGCCCAUCUCCAAACAGCACAGGCACUUCAGCCAUCUGUCAUCAACCUGGGGAGCCGGGAGAGCCAGUGGACUCUUGCACCUGGUUCUUGUCACUCUCGGUGUUUAUAGACCCGCACUUCUCUCUCUGGUUCAUUCUGAGGAGUUGUUUUCUGGACGUCUCCGUAACGCAUUGAGAUGUCAAGCCGCUGUUUCCCCCCCGUUGGUGGUCACAGCCAGGGAAGUUGCUUUCUUGAUUUAUUACAUUGUCCGUAAUCUCCAAGGAGCCCACAGAUGUCAGUAGGAGUUACGCUAAAUGUCUCGUUGAUAGAGUCUGAAUUCCGCGUAUGCAUCUUCUAAAGACUGCAUGUUUCUCAACUGGGGGUGCGCAUCAGAAUCACCUGGGGCCCAUUUUACAAAUACAGUUGCCUGGAGAUUCUGAAUCAGGAAGUCUGGAGUGGAGUCUGGGCAUGUGGGUGAUUGGAACAUUUACCCCCCUUGUUAGAAACUAUUGCAAUAGAGCGACAUUUGCUUUAUCAAAGUGUUCCCGUAGCACGUUUUCGUGAAGAUUUAUUUUUCCCAACUCUCUAAGCAAGUGUAAUUACUGUAUCGUUGAGCUGGUGCCAACAUGGGAAAGAUUCUUUGCUAACAUCCAGGGGCUUUAAUUUGAAGCUUGUGUUGAUGACAGGGACCAUGCCAGAAUUGUGCUGUCCCCAUACAGACUAAGAUUCUUGCCGUUUUGACAACCUGGCCCCAAAGAGAAAUUUGAUAUAUGAUUGUCACUUCAAAAUAACAUGUAUAAAGGAGAUAAAAACAGUAACAAAGAACUCUGUUAUUAAGCUAAAUUAGAUAUUGUGCCCAUUCCUCCCCCCCACUUUCUCUAACUCCUAAAAAAACAAAAAAAAAACCAAAAAACAAAAAAAACUUGAAGCCACUUUAUGUGGUUAAAAUACAUAUUGGUAAUUUGUAAUUGAUGAAGAUCUACUUUUAUGGACAGACUUCCUGACAGCUGGCUUAGGGGUGGCCAGGCCGGAGAAACUUCUGUCUGAAUCAUAACCAUGUGAUAGGAACCACAAUGGGUGGACAGAGUGUUUGGACCUCCAAGUUCGGUUCUGGAAGUGAAACUGUCGCCACUCCUCCCUCUCUUAAAGAACCAAGAACUAGUACCUAGGACUUUGCCCCCAGAAAAAGGUGCCUCCUUUCUCAAGCCGAGGAUGGCUCUUGGGUGCAGAUCAAACGGGACUGAGAGCAGACUGCAAGGGAGCAGGGUGACAUUUACGGACCGGACAGGGCGAGCAAGCACGUCUGCGGCUGCUGCCUGAUGUGGGGGUGCUCCACCAGCCCAUCCUGAAUUGCUGUUGGACAAGGAAACCUAGCUCCCUGUUUACGGAAUGCUAGGGGAAAUGCCAAAAGGUCACAGCUGGAAAUGUAAUUCCUCUCCCUAGGAGGAGAAAUCUCCAGAAUAACUAGCUGGCUGACGGUGAGAGCAAGUGUUUCACACUUCUCUACUCCAAGUCAGAUUUCUAAAAAUAAAAUCAUUAGAACUGCAUCGGGCCAUUUAAACAAUAGCCUUGGAAACACGGACACAUGAAAAGUUGGCAUCCAUUUUAUAUCGUAAAUCUCAAUUUCCAGUCUGAUCCUAGUAUUUAUCAAAAUAGAUAGCCUCCCAGACCCUCAAAGUUCUAUACUUGUGGGAGAUAUCAAUUUCCUUAAAAUAAAGGGACUGCUUUUUUGUGUAAAUAUCUUUCAUUUCCCCCAUCUGGAAGUGAUUUCGCGGUGCAUAUUGGAGCAUAAAGUACUACAGUUAAUUAAAGCAUUACUGGAUGUCA